GGACUCUCAGACCCCCUGAAGAGGCUCAGCUCACUGUAUCUGAGUGGGAACCCAUGGAGAUGUGACUGUAAUCUCUGUUACCUGCACAGCUGGAUCCAGGGCAACAGUGAGAAAGUUAAACUGUCCUCCCAGGUGUCCUGUAAGACUCCACCUCACCUGGCAGGGCAAGCAGUGAUAUCACUGAGGGAAAACCAGCUAAUUUGCCCAGCUACUCUGCCUCCUUCGGUUUCUUUCAUCCCAUCUCUAUUACUCACUUCCACAUCAUCCCAAGGGAUGCCAUCCUUGCUGCCACCUGAAGACGUGCCCACUGCAGCACAGACUACACUGUCAUCAGUGGCCUUUCCCAUUAUGGCACUGCCAACCAUGCCAUUGCCUGUGGCCACCUCCAUGCCAACAGAGAGCUUCAUCACUGCUCCUUCACCAACCAUGCUCUCAAAAGCCUCCAUCACUGUAUCACCAUCAACCACACUACUCAAGAUUUCUACCACUGCUCCAUCACUGUACAAGGCCUCCAACACCACCCCGUCACCAUCUGUGCUGCCCAAAAUCUCCAUUACCAUCUCAUCACCAACUGGGCUUCCCAAGACCUCCGUUAUUUCCUCACUACCAUCCAUGCUACCCAAGAUGUCUAUAGUCUCACCAGCAGUGCUGCCCAAGACCUCCAUCACCAACCCAGAGCGUGCACUAUCCACUCUAGCUCACACCACCUCACCAAUUCCAACCACCACGUGGGCAGCGAUCACACAGCAAGUGCCUCCUGCUCUUCCAGCACUCACAGAGAGACCAGCAUCCCAUGUUCCUCCACUGCAAGGCCACACGAGUCCCCAGCCAGCCUCCCCAUCCACGGCUCCAGGUGGGCACCACCACAGAGAUUUCUCCCUGCGGGCCAACCCAUGGCACUGCUGCAUCUCCUUUGCCCUCGGGCUGGCAGUGCUGGUGCUGCAGGUGUGUGCAAUGCUGCUGGAGGUGAAGCUCACUCUUCUUCUCUACCGUGCUGCCCAUGGCCACGAUCACCCAGUGCCACCAGUGAGGCUGCUGAGUGUCCAAGUGCUGGAUGCCGCACACCCAGGCCGGGCUGCAGAGGCGCAUCGCAGCGGUACAGUCCCCCAGGGGCGGGCAUCGCAGGAUCCAAGAGGUUUUAGAGUCCCUCCCAGGAGGCGCCUGGAGAUGCUGUGAGCCUGGGGAAUCAGCGCGGUGUCACGGCCCGAUGAGACCUUCUGCCAAGCGACACUAGGUGGCAUCCCGACACAGGCAGUGGCUGCCACAACUUGUCCAUUGCCGUCCGGGACCGCUAGGGCCAGAAAACAACGCACCGAGAUGCUGCAGACCCUGCCCCAGGGCCAGCUGGGGCCCUCCAUGGGUCUGCCACGGGGUGCCCACUUCGGGGCACGGGCUGGAGGCCGGUGCGGAUCCUGUUGAAUCUCUCCAUUGCUGGCAAGUGCCUGUGUGGUGCGAGGCAUCCCAACUGCUUCCCUGCCCAGCGCCAUGGGACGUGCCAACAGUGGUACACAACGCUCUGACCUCUUCCCUGCACUCUCAGUUUCAACCUCACAAAUAUUAAAGCCUCCUCAGCAGCUCUACUGCGCGCAGCCAAAGUGAUGUUUUCAUGCCAGGGCUGUCCUCACUGUCACUUCAGUGGAGAUUUUCCAUCACCCACCAGCAGCACAGGGUAAACAACCAGUGCCAGAGGUCACAGGAUGGGGCAGCAACAGGACUGCACAUUGUCCUGCAGGCAGCAGCAUGGGGAGAAAAUGGAGAUGCAAUUGUAAAUUUUGUUUUCCAGUCCCUGGGGCAGCUUCUUGCUGACACCGUGCCAGAGCAAAGCAGGGGAUGGCGCUUUGCAUUAGGGCACAUACCUGUGGCUGUGCAGACUAGGGACUUGGAUAUCCGCUUUGCUGAGCCUGUGCAGUGUUACUGCUCCUCAGCUGCUCCUUGAAGUCCUGACGACGGCUGUGAAAUAGAGGAGGCAAGUGCGGGGCAGCACAUCUGUGUGGGACAGAGCGCGCAGCCCCGGAGCCUGGCACUGUGCUAAUGAGACGCAGAUGAGGGAAGGGAGCGUAUUUCCUGGCAGCCCAUAUGGGCUCUGCUCUGUGCUUGAUUUAGAGGGUUUGAAAGCAGGGCUGGUUGCUGGAGAUGGCAGGGGGGCUCCCUAGGUUUGGUGAUAUUUAAUGGCCUGGUGCAGUCUAAACAUGGAAGUGCUUGGAGGUGAGAUUAGCACAACAUAAUCACAUCUUAAAAGCUCUUCAGAGACACAAGACAUGUCUGCUCCCCUAUUCAUUAUUGUUAUCCAUGAAGAUAGGGUCAAGCUGAAGGUGUUUGCCCACAGGUCCGUGGGUCCGACAGCAGCACCCCUACAGCCACCCUCCUGUGCCCUAUAACAUCCCAGCAGGACCGUGCCUUCCCAGGCACCCAGCAUAGCUCUGAUGGCUGGGCACCAGGAGCUGCGUGUGCGCUUUGGGGAUGGCGAGCUCAGCACAUCUUCUUGAGGCUCUCCCAGAGGGGCGGAAGCUGCCUGUUUGUUUAAGGUGCAAAGGAGCGAUGUUAAUCUCCGGCCUGUUUGUAUUUCUUCAGAGUGCCCGUGUGUGAGGGGAGCAGGGAUGGGGUCUCCCCUUUGUGCGGGGGCACAGCCGCGCUGUUUGAAGUGGAGGUGAGAAAACACGGCGGGGCAGAUGGAACCUGCUUUGGGAGUGAAAGAUUUUUUUCGGCUAUUUAUGAUAAUUAGUGGGAAACGCUCCUCAAGCGUUUCAGAUGAUUCUGUAAUGAAGUUGGGUCCAAUGUUCCCGCUUUGUUCCCGCGGAACCAUUAAAAAUCCCCCUUCUUUGGCUGCCUUAAUGCAAUGCUGAAAAGGCACAAUGGCAUAAAAGUGGCCCUGGGCAGGGCGGAACGCCUCCUUCCCCCAUGGGGGUGAGCCCUUUGGAGCCCGGAUUUUCUGGGCCGUAAACCCCAAUGCUCACAGCUCUGCUCCAGUGCGACGAGAGCUAAGCUGCUGUGCUCUGAACAGAGCCCCAGAAGCAGUGACAGCAUCAGCUCCGUGGGCUCCCAAGGAGAGGUUAAGGGCUGGAGCACUGCUCCCCACGCUGCUUGCCCCGGCCCUAAUCAAGUCCUCGCCCCGGCCCAUGUCUGAGGCUGCUUUCAAUGUGGGGGAAUUUGCAGACAAAUUUCUGCCAGCAGGAUGCUGGGGCUCUGCUGCGUGGCAGGAUAAAGAUCACUGCUGCCUCAUGCAGCUCCGCAGACCUGCGGUUGUCAUUUGGGACAGUGUGGGAAGGGGCAGGAGGCUCUCAGAGCUGGAGCUAUUCUUUUCCCCAAGAUAAUGCACAGUGACACAAUGAGCCCAUCUGUGAGUGGCUGGGACCAUUACCUCUGAGCUCCUUAGCUCUGGCCCUGAAGUGCCACUUGGACUGUGAUGCCUUUACCAAUGCUUGCGUCACUCCUGGCAAUAUUUUGGGGCAAAUAUCUCCAGAAACACAGCACGCUUCCUUUGGGAACUGUGAUGCAGGCACCUCCCAGCUCAG